AUGCCACAAAGCUCACCAAUAAUUUUCAACGACGAAAGCUCGAAUUUGACACGACCUUUUGUCCGCAACGACACAACUUUAACAUUCCACCUGCAAUUAUUUUUAUUAACAUCAUCAUCAUGCAAAUCUGCGAUCAAAAUUGUUCAUUUGAACUUUUUCAUGAUGCUCGUGAACUCAUCGUUGAACAUAAAUCGUGUUUUAGUUCAUUCACGAAAUUCAUUGAGGGGAAAGUCUGGAAAUCAUUAUCAAAUUGGAUUGAAAAAUCGUUUAUCAGACUGUUAA